ACACAAUAAAACUUUGAAAAAUUAUGAAUACAAUUUAUCUAUGUAUAUAAAAAAAUAGAACGUAUAUGUCUGUUCUCUAUACACUUCUGAACCCGUUUGAUCGAUCAUCGAUCGCGAAAUAUAAUCGCUAGAAAAUCAGAAAUAAAAAUUAUAACUUCAGUUUUCCAUGCAAAUCAACACAAUGGCAAUUUUCAUGGUAAUUCCUGAUGACUACUUGUUAAGCUUGAAAGUGCUUGAUUACUUUUUAAUUUUAUUUUAUUUACUACUACAUUAAAAGUAUUAUUUUCUUCUUUAUAUCAUAGUGGAGUUAACUUUACAGUUAUCAUAAAAACUUGGUACCAUCUUUGUAAUAAAUAAAUCACUGGUAAUUUCAGGAAGCCAAUUUUAUUACUUUGUAGGAUCCUCAAAAAUUACCAUGCAAAUGAGUAGAUAUGCAAAAGCAAUGUGUGACAUAUCUUUGAGAUCUCAUUUAUGUAAAUUAAGACAAGAGCAAUAAACGUACCAUGUGAUUCAAAUCACUUACAGGAUCCUCAAAAAUUCUAUCCAAGUCAAAAUAUUGGCACGAAAAUAAAAGAUUCACAUAAACAGUGACGUGAAUUAAGUUGUGUAUCAGCAUUGAAAAAAAAAGCAUCAGAGAUAAUUUAUAAUAUAUCUGAUAAGUGAAGUGCAAAGUUGAAACCUCAUCAUUUUCAAAAGAAUUUUGACAGAAAUAAUCAAUAGAUUUAUUUGUCAGAAGAUAGAACUCUUUCGAUGGCUUCUGUAUCCAAAUUACAAGGAUUUAAAGUGAUGGAUGUAGAUGAGCUUUUUCAAGAUUUUAGUAAAAAAGAAAGAAAAGAUUAUACUUCUUGGAAUGAAAAUGAACUGGAAACCUUCAGAAAUAUUAUUAUAGAGCAGAACAUAAAUUGUCCAUUAGAUGACAUGUUCCUUCUGAGUUUCCUCAGAGCUAGAAAGUUCGAAAGAGAAAGAGCAUUGAAACUAUUAAAAAAUUAUUUAUCAUCAAGACAAAAGAAUCAAGAUGUAUUUGGAGAUUAUAGUCCAUUAGCUAUGAAGAAAUACCUUGAUAUGAAAGUACAUGGAUAUUUUACUCAUACUGAUGAUGAAGGGCGAAUUAUGGGAAUUGGUAGAUGCCCUUAUUGGGAUUCUUCAAAAAUGUCUUUCAAACUUAUUAUAAAAGGUCUCCUGCUGUUCUUAGAUGCAGGAUUAACAGGACAUUUACUUCAAGUUAAUGGUUUUGUAUUGAUUUUGGAUGCUAAAACAUUAUCAUGGAGACAUCUUUUGCACCUAACACCGAGUACAAUUCAUGCCAUAAUUUCUUUAUUAUUUCAAUCUCUCCCAGUUAGAUUUAAAGCAAUUCAUAUAGUUAAUAUUGGAAAAUUUGUACAUGCAUUUUAUAUGGCAUUCUACCCAUUUGUUCCAUAUAAGAUAAAGAAAAGGAUCCAUCUCCAUAGUUCUGGUAUAGAAUCUUUACAUAAAUACAUUGAUCCUCGACAUCUUCCGGCUGAUUAUGGAGGAGAAUUACCUCCAUUUGAUCCUACUGAAUGUAAUAAAAACUUGAUGAAAUUUCAAGAAUUUUUUGAAAAUCGUCAAAAGUAUUAUAGUGUUGUAUAGAAUACAAAAUUUUUCUAGUAAAAAUCAUUGAGGAGAACUUUUUUAAAAUACUCAAAAUAAGAUUUAUAGAUUUUAACAAUAAAUAAUUUGUGUAAUUAACAAAGUUCCUGUAUGUUCCAU